CCAGCCAGGAGGUGGGGCCGGCCCCACCUGUCCACCGCCGGGGGCGGGGCAGGGGGCGGGGCUCGUCCCCCUAGGACCCGCCCCUCGGUCCCUGGGCUCGGGGCGCGCGACGAGAUAUAAGGCAGCCGGGAAACAAUGCGCCUGUAGCUCGCGCUCCCGCGCCGAUCCCGGGAGCGUCCGGGCCGCCGUGCGCGAGCGGGGAGCGGGGGGCGCGCGCGCUCGGGGGGAGCGCUCGGGAGUGAGGGCCGCGCGCUCGGUGGCGCGCAUGUGCGUGUGUGCGGGCUGCCGGGCUGCCCCGAGCCGGCGGGGAGCCGCUCCGCUCCAGGUGGCGGGAGGCGGGAGCGUGGGAGCGGACAUGGACUUCGACUCGUACCAGCACUAUUUCUACGACUACGACUGCGGGGAGGAUUUCCACCGCUCCACGGCGCCCAGCGAGGACAUCUGGAAGAAAUUCGAGCUGGUGCCGUCGCCCCCCACGUCGCCGCCCUGGGGCUCCGGUCCUGGCGCCGGGGACCCAGCCUCCGGGAUAGGUCCCCCCGAGCCUUGGCCCGGAGGGGGCGUCGGGGACGAAGCGGAAUCUCGAGGCCACUGGAAAGCUUGGGGCAGGAACUACGCCUCCAUCAUUCGACGCGACUGCAUGUGGAGUGGCUUUUCGGCCCGGGAGCGGCUGGAGCGAGUGGUGAGCGACCGACUCGCCCCCGGUGCCCCUCGCAGCAACCCGCCCAAGGCACCCGCUGCGCCGGACUGCACUCCCACUCUCGAAGCCGCCAACCCGCCGCCCGCCGCCCCUUGUCAGCUAGGCGAACCCAAGACCCAGGCCUGCUCGGGGUCCGAAAGCCCCAGCGACUCGGAAGGUGAGGAGAUCGACGUGGUGACAGUGGAGAAGAGACAGUCUCUGGGUCUCCGGAAGCCAGUCACCAUCACCGUGCGAGCAGACCCCCUGGACCCCUGCAUGAAGCGCUUCCACAUCUCCAUCCACCAGCAGCAGCACAACUAUGCUGCCCGCUUCCCCCCAGAAAGUCACUCCCAGGAAGGGGCUCCAGAGGGGGCACCCCCAGGAGAGGCUCUGCAGAGAGAGGCUGCAGAGGAGAAGGAGGAGGAAGAAGAUGAGGAAGAGGAGGAGGACGCAGAGAUGGUGAGCCUCCCGCCUGCAGAAAACCAGGCUUCUCAGCCCUGCCACCCCAGACCUGUCAGUUCCGACACAGAGGAUCUGACCAAGAGGAAGAACCACAACUUCCUGGAACGCAAGAGACGAAAUGAUCUCCGAUCGCGGUUCUUGGCCUUGCGGGACCAGGUCCCCACCCUGGCCAGCUGCUCAAAGGCACCCAAGGUAGUGAUCCUAAGCAAGGCCUUGGAAUACUUGCAAGCCCUGGUGGGGGCUGAAAAGCGGAUGGCCACGGAGAAAAGGCAGCUCCGCUGCCGGCAGCAACAACUACAGAAAAGAAUCGCGUACCUCAGCGGCUACUGACUGUAUCCCAAAGGCACGAGUUGAUUUUGUAACCUCCUGCUCUAUCCCCUUUAGUAAUUUGCACAUUUGGGUUCUGGUGGGAUGGUCUCAGCAGUAGCUCCCAAGAUGCAUUGCAGCUGGUGCAUGCAUGUGUGUGUGCGCGCACACACACACACACACACAAUGAGGGCUUGCAUUCUUAGAAGCCUUAGAGCCCAGCUCUCCCCCUGACUCUGAGGGAGUGCUGUAUCUUCUCUGGCGCCUUUGGUUUCUCUUUAGGCAGCUGACUGAGGAGCCUUGGGGUCUGUCUCCCUCAUACGCUCGGAAGAAAAGGCUGACAGAUGCUAUGCAACAGGUGGCGGACGCUGGGGGGGGGCAACGCGGGCUCUGGCCUGCAUGAAAUCUCACACUGCAGGAGCAUUAGCUGGGAAAGGAUGCUCUCACUGGUGUCUCCGGGGGUGAGGCAAGGACAGCUGGGCCUGGACACUCUCCCCGAGGCUCCUUUUUCCAGGAGACACUCGAGCUGUCGUGGUAAAGACGAGCUCGCAGACUCGAUCCACAGGGACCGUUACCUCAUCUUCAGACACUUUACAGGAGCUGAGGAGCCCAGACCUUUCAUGGCAGCAUCCUGGUGCCGGAAGACGCUCCUCCUCCUGCUCUCAGGCGUGCAAUCCUGACAGUGUGUACCGAACUUGGCUUCUCCCACCUUCAUCUCAGAGUCCUUCUGUCCUCACAAGGGACUUUUUUGGUUUCCUCCUGCCUUCAUUAUGCAACGGCCCCUCCGGCACCCUUUCCCACAGGUCAGAAAGGGUUUGCCGAGACACAGGGAAGUGAGACUUAGACCGGGGCCUGGGGAAGGCUUGGAGUCCUGGCCCUAAAUCUUGUUUCCUGUCCAGGUGUUUUCCAGGGGGCACAUUCUUGGAAUCUUUUCUCAGUGCAGGUGUAAGGCACUCAGAAGGGAGAACCACACCACUUCCUCUUUCCCACCUGCCUCUUGUCUUAUUCUCUGACUGGCAGGUCUGAAGUUCUAGUGGAACCAUGCACACCAAUCCACAUGCGACUCUAAGGAGCUUCCUGGCCUUGCAGCCACCAGCUUGGGUUCCUGCCAGCCUGCCGUGAGUCAGAUCCCUCUCCCAGAGUCUGAGCCUCACUGAGGUUCUGGAGAGAGCGCCUGAAUCUCAUCCAGGGCCCCAGAAGGUAGAUUUGCUUCCCAGGGGGCUUUAAGGGGCUCUCCAGGAGGUCUGCAUAACCAACCACAACAGGUUUUGCCCCAGCUGGACUUUGUAGCUCCAAAUCCAAUCCAGGCACAGUCUGAAAUCCUAGAAAGCCACCCAACCAAGCAGGUGACAUGUAGACUACCUUCGGAAUCCCUAAGCCUGACAAGGAACGAGGAGCAGCCCCCUCCAGACCCAUGCCCUGGACAGCAGGUGCCUGCUGGCUUGAAGUUUGAAAGUAGGGGAGGGGAGAUAACAGGCAGUACUCUGGCCUGCAAAACCAGCUGAUACACGCAAACCCUUUGGCUAUGGCGCUAUCUUUCUGAGGCUGUGUGCUAUCCUCAGAAAAGCGUCAGUGGGAGUUUGGGACAUAGACCCUCAACCUUCUGGAGUACAGUUUUCAGGAGCCAGCUGACUUCUGGAAUUGUUUUUUGGAGGGCAGGUGGGGUGUAGGUGACUGAUGGCUCAACUGAACAGCUUGUGUUGUAUAAGCUGCUGUUGGGUGUUAUGUUGAGGGGGAGGUUUUAUAUAUAUAUAUAUAUAUAUAUAUACUGUAUUUUUGUAUGCCUUUUCAAAGUGGUGUUAACUGUUUUUGUACAAGGAAAAAACCCUCUUGGGCAAUUCCGUUGCAAAGGUCUGAUUUAUAUUGAAAGGCAAGUUUAAGUUCAAUUUUGAAUUUAGUUGUGAUUAUUGAUUGCCUGAUUUUAAAAUAUUGCCUUCUGGGACAUCUUCUAAUAAAAGAUUUCUCAAACAUGUUGGAGUGGGGGCAACUCAUGCCAUCUGGGUUCUCCUGAGGCAAGGAGAGCUACUUCUGGGGAGCUACAGGCAAUCCAGAAGACUGCGUUUCUCUAACCAUGCAACUAACCCAGCCAAGCCACUCUGGGUUCCUGAAAUGCCAUUUCAGACAUGUCCAAACAAUGUAAGCUCAGGACUGGGUGAGCAUGAAAUUCUCUUGUGAAUUGCAAAAGUGCCCACUUUGUAGAAGACUUGAAAUCCCAGCCCUACCACUUCUUCAGAGACCUUUGAUUUUACCUUUUGGAUGAUUGUUUUUCCUA